CAUCGUUGAAAACUUUCCCUGUUUUUGAUGAGUUGAUUUUUGUUUUAACUGAUUUAAACUUCUUCAAGGUUUAGGCAAUGACAUCAUCACAAUUGUUGAUUAUUUGGUAAACUGUGACUUCUUGGAACAGAUUAGUGGCCCUGGUUUAUGUUCUUGACUAGUAUGUUGUUAUCUGGACUGGGCUGUAAAAAUCUGUGAACACUGUUGCUCUGAGUUAGGAACAGAAUGGCUGGGGCAGAACCAUUUUUGGCAGAUGGCAAUCAGGAAUUGUUUCCCUGUGAAGUCUGUGGAAGACGUUUUGCAGCAGAUGUUCUGGAAAGGCAUGGACCAAUAUGUAAGAAACUCUUCAACAGAAAGCGUAAACCUUUCAGUUCUUUGAAGCAAAGAUUACAGGGCACUGACAUUCCUACUGUGAAGAAGACUCCACAAUCCAAGUCUCCACCUGUGAAGAAGUCUAACUGGAGACAACAACAUGAAGACUUUAUUAACGCAAUCCGAUCAGCAAAGCAGUGUAUGCUAGCCAUUAAAGAAGGCCGACCCCUCCCACCUCCACCCCCUCCAUCCUUGAACCCAGAUUAUAUUCAAUGCCCAUAUUGUAUGAGAAGGUUUAAUGAAAGCGCAGCUGAGCGACAUAUUAAUUUCUGCAAGGAUCAGUCUUCUCGCCGAGUCUUUAAUCCAGCUCAGACAGCAGCCAAAUUGGCAUCCAGAGCUCAGGGUAGGGCUCAGAUGGGUCCAAAAAAAGAACCAACUGUUACCAGUGCUGUGGGAGCUUUGCUGCAGAACAGGGCCCUGGUGGCCACGAAUGAAGUCCCAACCAAGUCAGGAUUAGCUAUGGACCCUGCUUCUGGAGCAAAACUCAGACAAGGAUUUAGUAAAUCUUCUAAAAAAGAUUAACUCCUAGAAGCCAGACUGCCUCCCUGAAACCCAUCAGCCUGGAUGGUUGCGUACCGGAGAAUGCCACCUAAGGGGAAGGAACGGUAGAUGUGAUGUCUGUUUUUACACCCUUGAUUCUUCUUGAAGCAUCACUUAGAACAAGUAAAACUUGCUUCAAAUUUUUAUUUACUCCCUUUGAAGUUUUCAAAAUGAAAGCAUUAAACACAUCAACCUGUAUAAUGCAUGAUUCAAA